AUAUCCAAUAUGUCAAUGUAAGGGGAGUGGGUAUGUAUAUAAAGUACCGUUUGCAUCUGAUAGCUCGACGAAGCCAGCUAUGAGAGGCCUAGGGAGAUGGAUGCGUAGGGGAAGCGCCACUUUGACUGAGAGCAAGGUCAGGAGCUCGUUGCCCCGCCGCUGAGAAGUUCCUUGGACGCGAACAGACGUCGACUGCAGCUAGGCAGAGCGCGGAGCGAGCGAGGGAGCGAACAAGCGCCGCGGAGUCGCCAGUGCUCGCCGAGGGGAGAGGUAGUUCGCGUCCCGCCGCCCCAGCUCGGCCCCGCGCACCCCGCCAUGGCGGAGGUGGGGGGGGUCUUCGCCUCCUUGGACUGGGAUCUACACGGCUUCUCCUCGUCUCUGGGGAACGUGCCCUUAGCUGACUCCCCGGGUUUCCUGAACGAGCGCCUAGGCCAGAUCGAGGGGAAGCUGCAGCGCGGCUCGCCCACAGACUUCGCCCACCUGAAGGGGAUCCUGCGGCGCCGCCAGCUCUACUGCCGCACGGGCUUCCACCUGGAGAUCUUCCCCAACGGCACGGUGCACGGCACCCGCCACGACCACAGCCGUUUCGGAAUCCUGGAGUUCAUCAGCCUGGCUGUGGGGUUGAUCAGCAUCCGGGGAGUGGACUCUGGCCUGUACUUAGGAAUGAAUGAGCGAGGAGAACUAUAUGGGUCGAAGAAACUCACACGUGAAUGUGUUUUCCGGGAACAAUUUGAAGAAAACUGGUACAACACCUAUGCUUCCACCUUGUACAAACACUUGGACUCGGAGAGACAGUAUUAUGUGGCCUUGAAUAAAGACGGCUCACCCCGGGAGGGAUACAGGACUAAACGACACCAGAAAUUCACUCACUUUUUGCCCAGGCCAGUAGAUCCUUCUAAGUUGCCCUCCAUGUCCAGAGACCUCUUCCGUUAUAGGUAAUGGACCCCUAGUGUGACCUCUGUGACCCCUGUACUCUAGGCCCACAGAUGUCCCUGCAAGCACUAUACUCAUAGCUUUUCAAUCCUCUUUCCUAUCAAUUUAGACGACAGAGGAGCAC